AUGACGCUGGCACCUUCCCCUGAGCUCUUUGGCCAGCGGCUGACGGGGAGUUCCCCGGAGUCUGAGGACACAGCGUUGCUGGCGGCCGAGUGUGGCUCGGUUGUCUGCCUGGAGAGCGGGCAGAGUCGCAGCGCCCGCCCAGAGCGCGAGUUGGCUGGAGUGCAGGACGUGGGGCUGCUCGAGUACCAGCACCACCCCCGUGACUACGCCGCGCACCUGUCGCCCGGCUCCAUCAUCCAGCCCCAGAGGAGGAGGCCGUCCCUGCUGUCCGAGUUCCAGCCCGGGAACGAGAGGAAGAAGGCCGAAGCUGCACAUCGGAUCCUGGAAGGCCUGGGACCCCAGGUGGAGCUGCCGCCCCUCGCUGUCCUCCUCCCGCGUAGAAACCAGGCGAUGCGGAAAAAGUUGAUCUUGUACUUCAAGAGGAGGAACCACGCCCGGAAACAAUGGGAGCAGAAGUUCUGCCAGCGCUAUGACCAGCUCAUGGAGGCCUGGGAGAAGAAGGUGGAGCGCAUCGAGAACAACCCGCGGCGGCGGGCCAAGGAGAGCAAGGUGCGCGAGUACUACGAGAAGCAGUUCCCGGAGAUCCGCAAGCAGCGCGAGCUGCAGGAGCGCAUGCAGAGGGUUCAGGCGUCCCCGGGCCAGGCUGGGGGCCCUCUGCUCUGCCCUGGACCCCUGGGCGGCAGCGGGCUCUCCAUGUCGGCCGCCCGGAGUGAGCACGAGGUGUCCGAGAUCAUCGACGGCCUCUCGGAGCAGGAGAACCUGGAGAAGCAGAUGCGGCAGCUGGCCGUGAUCCCGCCCAUGCUGUACGACGCCGACCAGCAGCGCAUCAAGUUCAUCAACAUGAACGGGCUCAUGGACGACCCCAUGAAGGUGUACAAGGACCGGCAGGUCAUGAACAUGUGGAGCGAGCAGGAGAAGGAGACCUUCCGCGAGAAGGGCAGCCAGGAGGAGAAGGAGGAGAAGGAGAAGGAGGCCGAGAAGGAGGAGGAGCGGCCGGACGUCGAGAACGACAAGGAAGAGCUGACCAAGGAGAAGACGGACGACACCUCCGGGGAGGACAACGAUGAGAAAGAGGCCGUGGCCUCCAAAGGCCGCAAAACCGCCAACAGCCAGGGGAGGCGCAAGGGCCGCAUCACCCGCUCGAUGGCCAACGAGGCCAACAGCGAGGAGGCCGUCACCCCGCAGCAGAGCGCCGAGCUGGGUGAGUCUCGGGCCCGGGCAGGGCCACCGUCCCGGCGUUCACUGGGCCUGCUCCUGGAGCAUGGCCGGAACUGGUCGGCCAUCGCCCGCAUGGUGGGCUCCAAGACGGUGAGCCAGUGUAAGAACUUCUACUUCAACUACAAGAAGCGGCAGAACCUGGACGAGAUCCUGCAGCAGCACAAGCUGAAGAUGGAGAAGGAGAGGAACGCGCGCCGGAAGAAGAAGAAGGCCCCGGCCGCCGCCAGCGAGGAGGCCGCCUUCCCGCCCGUGGUCGAGGACGAGGAGAUGGAGGCGUCGGGCGCCAGCGGGAACGAGGAGGAAAUGGCGGAGGAGGCAGAAGCCGCCGUCAACAACAGCUCGGACACCGAGACAGCACCCCCUCCUGAGCUCCCCAAGGAGGAGAAGGAGGAAGAGGCUGCAGCAGCAGCCCCAGCGGCAGAAGAGGGGGAGGAGCAGAAGCCUGCCGUGGCCCAGGAACUGGCCGUGGCCGUGGCCGUGGGCAAGAAGGAGCCACCGGACGAGGGGCCGCCUGCCCAGCCCAUCAAGACUGAGUGCAAGGAGGAGGCCUUGGAGGAGGCGCCCGACAAAGCCCAGGGGAGCACGGAGGCCGGCGCCGAGCCUGCGCCCGAGGGGGCGGUCAAGGUGGAGAAGAAGGAGGGUGGUGGAGGCUCUGGGGGCAAAGCCCCUUCCACCAAGGGCUCAGGCGCCCCCCAGGACAGUGACUCCAGCGCCACCUGCAGCGCCGACGAGGUGGACGAGCCGGAGGGGGGCGACAAGAAUAGGCCUCCUGAGAGCAUGUGGUUCCUGCUCCCUGCCUCUCCCGUCUGCCCCCUGCCUGGGUGUGGAGCCGGGGAAACCGAGGCAGGACACGGGCCUAGUUCAUUGAGAAUCCGUGGGACACGGGUGCCGGGCUUAUGUGCUUUGCUGGCCCAGGCUUGUGUGCCGGUCCCCGUCGCUCUGAUCCCAGAGAGACCUGGCGUCGGGCUGGGCAGGGAGGUUGGCGCCAGGCAGCCGGCUUUGCAUGGAGACCUGACCCUCCAGCUCUAUGCCCGGGGCAGUCACCCGCUGUCCCUGGGCCUGCACGACAGCACCCGGCCCGUCCUGCCACGCCCGCCCACCAUCUCCAACCCUCCGCCCCUCAUCUCCUCCUCCAAGCACCCCAGCGUCCUGGACAGGCAGGGACUGUCGGUGCAGCUGCACAUCCCGUACUCGGAGCACGCCAAGGUCCCCGUGGGCCCCCUCGCCAUGGGGCUGGCCCCUGCCCUGGACCCCAAGAAGCUGGGUAAGGAUCGGGGCCUCGCCAUCCGGAGGGCCCACGCGUGGUCCAGCUGUCCCUGUGGGGGGCCUGAGGGCUGGAGUCGGACGGCCACCCCUGUGCGGGGCACUCCGGCCGACGUCCUGUACAAGGGCACCAUCACCCGGAUCAUCGGCGAGGACAGCCCGAGCCGCCUGGACCGCGGGCGGGAGGACAGCCUGCCCAAGGGCCACGUCAUCUACGAGGGCAAGAAGGGCCACGUGCUGUCCUAUGAGGGUGAGCCUGUCCCCCGGGGCCGCGGGCGGGGGCGUGGCUUCCCUCCCCCACCCACGGGCUCUGCUCCGGGGACGCGGAGGGGAGAGGACCUGUGAGGCCGUGCGGCUCUUGCCCGCUCCCUCCCAGGUCUCAUGGGCCGCGCCAUCCCCCCUGAGCGACACAGCCCCCACCAUCUGAAAGAACAGCACCACAUCCGCGGCUCCAUCACGCAAGGGAUCCCGCGGUCCUACGUGGAGGCCCAGGAGGACUACCUGCGCCGCGAGGUCCUGCCCAAAGGCCACCUCCUCAGGGUGGCUGCUCGCCCAUUCUGGUCCCGUUCGUCCCCGUCUCCGUUGUCUUCCGAGCGCCUGUUGCGCUGCAGUUCUCACGUGAUGACUGUUUGCAGCCACUCGUCCAGCAAGGCGUCCCAGGACCGGAAGCUGACGUCCACGCCCCGCGAGAUCGCCAAGUCCCCGCACAGCGCCGUGCCCGAGCACCACCCCCACCCCCUCUCGCCCUACGAGCACAUCCUCCGGGGCGUGAGCGGUGUGGACCUGUACCGCGGCCACAUCCCGCUGGCCUUCGACCCCACCUCCAUCCCCCGAGGGAUCCCCCUGGAUGCAGCCGCUGCCUAUUACCUGCCCCGGCAUCUGGCCCCGAACCCCACAUACCCGCACCUGUACCCGCCCUACCUCAUCCGCGGCUACCCCGAAACGGCGGCGCUGGAGAACCGGCAGACCAUCAUCAACGACUACAUCACCUCCCAGCAGAUGCACCACAACGCGGCCACCGCCAUGGCCCAGCGCCUCUCCUCCCCCAGGUCCACCUCCACCUCCUCGCCCGUCCGCCCAGCCGCCACAUUCCCACCCGCCGCCCACUGCCCGCUGGGCAGCACCCUGGACGGGGAACUGGAGCUCCGAGCACUGGGUAAGACCACCCUGACAGCGGCCACCUUCAUAGACGCGAUAAUCAUGCGUCAAAUUGCUCACGAUAAAGGGCCGCGAGAAGGAGGUUCGCUGGCCACCGACUCCCCUCGCGACGCUAAAACUGAAGCCAUCUGUGGGCUCGGGGGCCCCCUGGGGUUGGACCCCGUCCUCCGGCAGGGCCACACUGUUUCUUCAGGGAAGGACCGGGUGGGGCUGGGUCUGGUGUCUCUGAGCUCUGGCCCUGCCGGGGACCCUGAGCCGGGGGAGUCGGGGCAUGUGCUGCCGUGCCUGGGGGACAAGGGGGUUAGAAACGAGUGUUUCUGGAACGUCCCGAACCUGACACAGGCCGCUGGGCCACGGGUGCGCGCAUCUGUAGAUGUUUGUGCCCAGGGUGCCAGGGCUUCCGCCGCUGUAACCGGAGACGGGCCGCCUCCCGCAGGGUCAGCUCAGGGACCGCGACCUUCGGACGAGGCCCAGGGACACCUGUGGGUGCUGAGCCCGAACCCGGCCAGCGGCCCUCCCGGCCUGCGUGCUCCGAGUCGUGUUUUCGCGUUCCCGGGGUUUGCUCAGUGUGCGGGGCGCUCGCCCCUGCUGGGAGUGUGGCGUUUUCUGGGGGACACAGUUUGGUGUGUGUUUAAAGUGCUGAUGAACCGGGGCCAAGACACAGCUGGGAGGUGGGAGAGGGCGCCCCCUGGCGGCGAAAAGAAAAAACGUAGUUGCCCACCGGUUGCCAUAGAAACGGGAUGUGGAGGCUGGCAGGUGGGCACGGAGGCCACGGGUCUCUCGCUCUCGGACCGCGCGGGGGUCACUGGGUAUCCUCACGUUCGCUCAGAGCGAAGGAUUAAAAUCCACGGAGACGCUGCCCAGCGGCUCGCGUGUCCCUCGGCCCGUGUGUGUGUCUCUCCCCCAGGCCUCAUGACCUGCCGAAGCCAGGCGCUGCCCGAGCAGGCCAGCACCAACCUGGGGCUGGAGGCCAUUAUUAGAAAGGCGCUCAUGGGUAAAUAUGACCAGUGGGAGGAGCCCCCGCUCGGCGCCAAUGCUUUUAACGCUCUGAAUGCCAGUGCCGGCCUGCCCGCUGCUAUGCCCAUAACCGCUGCCGACGGACGGAGCGAACACGCACUCACCUCGCCAGGCGGCGGUGGGAAAGCCAAGGUCUCAGGCAGACCCAGCAGCCGGAAAGCCAAGUCCCCCGCCCCGGGCCUGGCCCCCGGGGACCGGCCCCCCUCCGUCUCCUCAGAGCACCUAAAGGUCCACCUGCUCCCCGAAUGCCCCGGCCCCCGGGAGCGAGCCGGCUUCCUGGCGUCCCUGCUCGGCGGUCCUGGGGACCGGCUGCGGCGAGAUGACCCCUCUUACCACACGGAGUGA